CCUCUUGCAGCGCCUGCCUGAGCUAGGCACCGGAACAGGACCGGCUGAGAGGGGCCGGCAUCGGCAUGGGGGACUUGCUGCCCCCACCAGUUCUGGGAGAAGAAAGUUGAACCCCAAACCCAACAGGGGCUUCAGUGGGAGGCCAAGCUGGGGUGGGGGUGCCGACUUCCUCUAGUUAAAGCUGAGUGUCCACACUGGCCACUUCUGAAUUGGGGGAGAGGGAGAGGACUGGAGGCAGGAGGGUCGCGGCUGGCGAGCUCACACUCUUUUCUUUGCAUCCCCUUCCCUGUGUCCCCAUGUGCCUGAACCCCGACUGCUUGGACCACUCUCUGUCCUCUCCCGUCGGCUUCUCCCUCUAUCUUACACUUUUCUUUCCCUUUCUUUGCAUCCCUGGGGGGGCUUUCUUUUUGUGUGUCUGGAUCUCUUUUUUUCUCCCAUGGGUGUGUGAGCGUGUGUUGCUACUUCUUUCCAUGUCUGUUUUCCUUCUUUCUCUGUUUCUCUCUUGUGUCUUUUUGUCCUUAUCUCGGUCCCUAUUUCUACCUCUUUCAGUGUAUGUCUCUGUCUUUCUCUGUGUAUCUCCUCUCUCCUCUCUCUCUCCCUCCACCCCCCCCCCUCCUCUUUCUCCGUCUCUCUGUAUCUCUGCGCCUUUCUCGCCCUCACUUUCUCCCCUCCUGCCUGCCCGCUGCUCCCUGCGCCUGGCCUGCCCCCACCGCUGCCGGUUCAGGGGAACGUGUGCGGAGCGAUUGUCCUGGGGGACAUUUGAUGGAUUAGAGCGCUGAACAGUUCCAUUGCUAGGGGACCACCUGAUCUCCUCCAGCCUGCGUCCCAUAUAAAGCCGGCAGGCAGCCGGAGUGCUGAGCACAGCUCCAGCGAUCGCCUGUCUGCGCGCCGCCGCCGCCAAGCCCGAGCGGGAGCCCGAGCCAGAGCCGGGGCCGCCGCCACCGGUGCCGGCUCCGCGCUGCCGCCCGCCCGCCCGCCCGCUGGGAGCUGUCCAGUGCUGAAACCCCGCGCCGACAGCCAAUCGCGCCCGGCUGGCCGCCUCCCCCCACCGGGGCCCCACGCAAGUGCCCCCGCCGAGCCCCCCGCCAGUCGCACCAUGCCGCGCUCCUUCCUGGUAAAGAAGAUCAAAGGGGACGGCUUCCAGUGCAGCGGGGUGCCGGCCCCCACCUACCACCCCUUGGAGACCGCCUACGUGCUGCCUGGCGCCCGGGGGCCGCCCGGGGACAACGGUUACGCCCCGCACUGCCUGCCGCCCAGCAGCUACGAUGCGGACCAGAAGCCCGGCCUGGAGCUGGCGCCGGCCGAGCCCGCCUACCCGCCGGCGGCGCCGGAGGAGUACAGCGACCCCGAGAGCCCGCAGUCCAGCCUGUCGGCGCGCUACUUCCGCGGGGAGGCGGCCGUGACCGACAGCUACUCCAUGGACGCCUUCUUCAUCUCGGACGGGCGCUCGCGGCGGCGGCGCGGCGCGGGCGGCGGGGACGCGGGCGGCGCGGGGGACGCCGGGAGCGCCGGGGGGCGCGCGGGGCGCGCGGGGGCGCCGGCGGGCGGCGGGCACCGGCACGCGUGCGCCGAGUGCGGCAAGACGUACGCCACGUCGUCGAACCUGAGCCGCCACAAGCAGACGCACCGCAGCCUGGACAGCCAGCUGGCGCGCAAGUGCCCGACGUGCGGCAAGGCGUACGUGUCCAUGCCCGCCCUGGCCAUGCACGUGCUCACGCACAACCUGCGCCACAAGUGCGGCGUGUGCGGCAAGGCCUUCUCGCGGCCCUGGCUGCUGCAGGGCCACAUGCGCUCGCACACGGGCGAGAAGCCGUUCGGCUGCGCGCACUGCGGCAAGGCCUUCGCCGACCGCUCCAACCUGCGCGCGCACAUGCAGACGCACUCGGCCUUCAAGCACUACCGCUGCCGCCAGUGCGACAAGAGCUUCGCGCUCAAGUCCUACCUCCACAAGCACUGCGAGGCCGCCUGCGUCAAGGGGGCCGAGCCGCCCCCGCCGCCGCCCGCCGGCCCCGCCAGCUGAGCCGCCCGCCGCCGCCGCCGCCCCCGCCGCCCUCGGGGGCCCCCACCUCCACCUCCAUCCCCUCCGCGCCCCAACAGCGUUUCCCUGCCCACCCCUCCCCCCUCGUGGGGAACCCCUCCCAGCCCGGAACUUUUCUCUCCCGCCCCGAGAACCACCGCUCACCUCUGGCACUGGCUACCCCAGCGCACCCGACCGCAACGUCCUUUCCGCCCCCUGAAACUCGGACCUUGACCCCCUGCUCCCAACUCAGGCACCAGGUCCGCACCUCUCCCGGGCCCCACAUUUCCUUCCGCCCAGAUCCUGCACCUCUCCCCUCUUUCAGACUUCUCUUCCCACUUCUCAGCUGAGUCUCUCCUAUCGUUCCUCUAUUGGAACCCCAAUCUAAGGCCCAAACCUACCUUUGACUCUCACGUCUGUUGUGGUUUCCUCAUCCACACCGGUACGCAGGCCCUGCAGCUCCCAGACCACAUUCCAACCCCAGACCGUCCUUCUGGCCUCUGCCGGGUCUCGCUGUAUGUGUGCCCAUUAGGGAUCCAAUCCUCACCCCUCCUGGAGUCCCCGGUCUGUCCCUGAUCCCCUCCAUACCCUGGCCUUAGGUCCAGCCAUUCACAGCCCCCUGUACCAUGCUCACAUACAUCUCCCACCCUCUUCGGUCCUAGGGCCUUCUCAACCGCUCCCACCCCCUGCUCUCUCCAGACCCCCUCCUCCUCCCCGCAGUUCUCAUCUUUCUGUGUUCACCUGACCAGGGGCAGACUUGAGGGGCAGUUCAGGCCCUGCCCCAUUAAUGUAGUCCUCCUCUCACCCCAGGACAGCCCCUCCCUGGGCUUCCAGUCUCCAGCUGCCUGCUCCCCAGAUUCUCUGAGCACUUUCCCCCACCCCCAGGACUACAGGUACCCCUCCUUAUUUGUUGGGGGGAGUCUGGGGCACCUCACAAAUGCCCUUCCCCCUGUCUGGCUGGGCCUCUCCAGUUAUUUAUUUGUGUAUUUAUUUAUUUAUCUAUUUAUUGUUAUAUUUAAUCUCUUGGCCUCACCCAGGGAUGGUCUGGCUUCCCCAGCUGGACUGGGAGGUCAGGGAGCCAGGCAAGGAGAGAGACAGCAACGGCCAUAGAAAGCUGUUCCCCACCCCACCCCCCACUCACACCCCCUCUUGGGGAGUGAGGGAGAAGCCUCACCCUCCUCAGAGCCUGAACUCUGGGGAGGGGGCACGAGAAUGAGAGGGAUAGCCUGCUUACCCUCAAGCGGGGGGGGGGGGGGGGG